UCUUCUGAUGGUCGACUUGAACCUUCCACUUACCUCCCCUCCAAGCGAUGCCACAACGACCUUCUCCAAUCCACGCUGUGCAUUUAUGAAGAUGCUGAUCGAAGAAGAGAUGGCUUCUCCCACAAGAACUAUCCUUCAAUUCCAUAGUUGGCUUCCAAAAGCUUUUCGAGUCCCUCAAUCUCGAUAGAUCUACGAGCGGUUUUCUCCAAAGUCUCCUCCAUGGUCUUGAUGCAUCUGCGAGUAGGCGAAGAGGGUGGCUGAUGGAGAUUGGGGGGGGGGAGGCGGAUGGAUAAGAGUUUCAAUUGGGAAGAAGGUGGAUUGAAGGACAAAAAAUGUUAAAAUAAUUAUCUGUUGAAAAAUAUUAAGAAAAGCGGGCGCUGAGCUAGCUCCAUACGUAACUUGUUCAACUAAGUCGGACCAUAAUUUAUUAAAAAAAUUAUUAAAAGAAAAAGAAAAAAAAAAGUUGAUAAUCUACUGCUGACUUAUAGACAGUCAACAAAUCUCCUACUGUUUAUAAAAUAACGUAAAGAACUGCCGGCCGUUGCAAAAUCCAAAGUCUAAAAGGGCAUACGCAAGUUCUUGGCCGGAUGGCGGAUGGAUUUGAACAUUGAGAGCAAAAAAAGAAAAAAACUAUAACUACACCAGACAGACUGAGAAGAGCAGAAGAACGAAGCAAUAUGACGGAGGGAGGGGAGGCGCACGUGCUUGUAUCCCCUUUUCCGGCCCAAGGUCACGUGCCUCCGAUGCUGAAGUUUGCCGAGCUCCUCGCCCAUGCCGGCCUUCGCGUCACCUUCGUCAACACCGACAACAUUCAUCGCCGCUUCCUCGCCAGCUCCCCCGCCCUCCAGCGGCUCGCCGGACUCCCCCGGUUCCGGUUCCGGACCAUUCCCGACGGCUUUCCGGAAGACCACCCCCGGCCCUUCCUCGAGUUCCUCGACCUCGAAGAGUCCCUCCGGACUCGAUCCAGGGAGCACUACAGGGAGCUCCUGGUGCCCACCGACCCGGAUCCGGAUGGAUGGCCACCCGUGUCGUGCGUCGUGGCCGACGGGAUGCUGCGCCUCGCGUCGGAGGUGGCGGCAGAGAUGGAAAUACCGCUGAUCUUCUUCCGCACGAGCGGUGCUGGUGCCGUCUGGGCUUAUCUUUGCGUCCCCGAUCUCAUCGAAGGCGGAGUUAUCCCGUUCCCAGCAGAGGAGGAGGACGGUCUAGACGAGACGAUUCGAGGGGUGCCGGGGAUGGAGGGUUUCUUACGGCGUAGAGACCUCCCAAGUUUUUGCAGAAAUGCUAAAUCGACUUCUGAUCGCCCUCUCCUUUUCGUGACCAACGCCAACGCGAACGUGAGAAGAGGAAGGGGUCUCAUUCUGAACACCUUUGAGUCCCUUGAGGGCCCCGUCCUCUCACACAUCCGUUCCGCCAUCCCCAACAUCUACGCCCUGGGACCUCUCCAUCUUCUUUCAAGAGCUUUUGGCGAUUGCGGUGCUAAUGUCCCGUUUUCCUCCAACUCUACCAGCCUCUGGCAAGAGGAUCGCUCCUGUCUCAAGUGGCUCGACUCACAGCCGCAGAGGUCGGUCGUCUACAUCAGCUUCGGGAGCGUCACAGUGAUGUCGAGGGACGAGCUGAUGGAGUUUUGGCACGGUCUGGUGGACAGUGGUAAACGGUUCCUAUGGGUGGUGAGACCGGAUCUGGUGGAAGGGAAGAUAGAGGAGGCGAUGCAGGAGUUGGAGAAGGAGACGAGGGAGAGGGGGUGCGUUGUGGGGUGGGCACCGCAGGAAGAGGUACUGGCCCACCCGGCUGUGGGAUGUUUCUUGACUCACAGUGGGUGGAAUUCGACGCUGGAGAGCGUGGCGGCAGGCGUGCCGAUGAUCUGCUGGCCUUUCUUCGCGGAUCAGCAAGUAAACAGUAGGCUUGUCGGUGAGGUUUGGAGGAUCGGACUGGACAUGAAGGACAAGCACGAGAGGAGCGUGGUGGAGAGGAUGGUUAGGGAGGUGAUGGAAGGGGACAGAGCCGAGGAGUUGAGGAGAUCGGCCGGUGAGAUGGCUGAGCACGCAAGGAGGAGCAUUGAGGAAGGCGGGUCAUCCUACAGGGGCUUUGAGAACUUGGUCGAACACAUCAAAGCCAUUAGCUCAGAAAAAUAACGGAGGCGGCACUCUGCGCGCGGUUUCAUUUAUUAGUGCUAUUUUGCAAAAUAAAGAUAGUCUAAUCAUGCUGCCAUUAAAUUCUAAGUGCCUAUUAGAUCCUUGGAGCCAUAGACGACAGAGGAUGAGAUUAAAAGAUUUAUUUCCCGUUUUCGUUUCGAACUUAACAAGAAACAGCGUUUAUCUGUUUAUGACUCUUAUUGGUAUAAUGUAUGAAUAUGUUUCUUCCACGAUUUAUUGAAGGAAAUAUUGAGCC